AUGCCUACUCUAACUCCCAGAUGUAUUAUUGUGAGACACGGUCAAACCGAAUGGUCCAAGUCGGGCCAGUACACCGGGUUGACCGAUUUGCCAUUAACAGCCUACGGUGAGGGCCAGAUGUUGAGAACUGGUGAGAGCGUUUUCCGCAACAACCAGUUUCUGAACCCGGACCACAUCACUUACAUCUUCACCUCCCCCCGUUUACGUGCCAGGCAAACCGUGGACUUGGUGUUGAAACCUUUGAGCGACGAGCAAAGAGCAAAGAUCCGCGUGGUGGUGGACGAGGACUUGAGAGAGUGGGAGUACGGUGACUACGAGGGAAUGCUAACCCGCGAGAUCAUCGAGUUGAGAAAGUCGCGUGGAUUGGAUCAAAGCAGACCGUGGAACAUCUGGAGAGACGGUUGUGAGAACGGUGAGACCACCCAGCAGAUCGGGUUGAGGCUAUCCCGUGCCAUCGGCAGAAUCCAGAACUUGCAUCGUAAGCACCAGAGUGAGGGCAGAGCAUCUGACAUCAUGGUCUUUGCUCAUGGCCACGCGUUGCGUUAUUUUGCUGCUAUCUGGUUUGGGUUGGGUGUGCAGAAGAAAUGUGAAACCGUGGAAGAAAUCCAAGCUGUAAAGUCGUACGAUGACGAGACAGUCCCAUACGUUAAGCUGGACUCCUACAGACACUUGGUCGACAAUCCGUGCUUCUUGCUGGAUGCCGGUGGGAUCGGUGUGUUGUCGUACGCGCAUCACAACAUUGACGAGCCUGCAUUGGAGCUAGCGGGCCCAUUUGUCUCACCUCCUGAGGAAGAAUCCCAGCAUGGAGAGGUAUGA